AGUAUAGGCAGUUGCCCAUAACUAGUAUGGCGGUCUUGGGGAAGGGCGACGCGUCUUUCAGGUCACGUGAUCGGCUUUCUGAGUUAGCGCGGGUGAAUUGCACGUGUGAGUGGCUGGAGACUUCCUGCAAAGCAUUCCAGGAAAAGCCAUGUUCACAUCAAAGCUGCUCACCCUGGUCUUGGUGGUCCAGCCACAGAGAAUUUUACUGGGCAUGAAGAAACGGGGCUUCGGUGCCGGCCGGUGGAAUGGGUUUGGUGGUAAAGUGCAGGAAGGAGAAACUAUUGAGGAAGCUGCAAAACGGGAACUCUGGGAAGAAAGUGGUCUGACUGUCGACAUUCUCCACAAAAUUGGAAACAUAAAGUUUGAAUUUGUCGGUAGCACUGAGUUGUUGGAUGUCCAUAUCUUCCGAGCUGAUGAGUUUAAAGGAGAACCAACAGAAAGUGAUGAAAUGCGUCCUGAGUGGUUCUCCCUAGACAAGAUCCCUUAUGAGGGUAUGUGGCCAGAUGACUACAUUUGGCUGCCCCUGUUGCUACAGAAGAAGAAAUUCCUGGCCUAUUUCACGUUUGAGGGACAUGAUAAAAUUCUGGACUAUAAAUUGGAAGAAGUAGAUGAUAUAUGAGAAGUGAUGCACCAAAAGUAUUUGGAUUGGUUCUUGUAGACUUCUUUUACUGCACUUUUCAGCCAAUAAUAGAGUGCAAUAUUGGCCUGCGUGUGGAUCUAAGGGCUGAAACUAAGAGCAGCAUAGGGAUCGGUGAUGCAUAUAGUUCAGGCUCUCUUUCCAUGUUAUGUUUUGGUGAAACCAGCCUUAGACUAAUGCAGUGGUCUCCAAUAUGUGAACCUCCAGAUGUUGCAAAACUACAACUCCCAGCAUGCCUGGAUAGUCUAUGGCUGUCCAGGCAUGCUGGGAGUUGUAGUUUAGCAACAUGUGGAGGACCAUGGUUUGGAGACUGGUCUAAAAGGAUCCAAUAGUUUUAUUUAGUAGACUUUUAAAGGGGUACUGCGGUGUGUAGAUUUAAUUUUUUUUUUCCAAGUGAACUGAUGCCAGAAAGUUAAACAGAUU